AUGUCAAGGGCCCUUGGAACGCCUCUCGACUGGCCAGAGGCCAAAAAGGCCGCUGAUCAGGUCAGGUCAUGGGGGAUCGAACAACUGCUUGCCGUAUGGCGCAACGCCAAAGCAAAGGAGAGGGACGCACUCCUCUGGGGCGAUGAGAUUGAAUAUCUCGUGGUUUGCUACGAUCAAGAUAACCACAAGGUUCGAUUGUCGCUCCGCCAGGCCGAUAUUCUAGCUGCUUUGGCCAACGACGAGAAGCUCUUGCAACAAGGUGGCGGAGUGCCUGACCUGCAGACUGGUAAUGCCGACACAAAAGACAAUCCCGCUCCCGUGUUCCACCCCGAAUUUGGGCGGUUCAUGCUGGAAGCCACCCCAGGAAAGCCAUGGGGAAUUGGCUUCAAGGACCUGCUUGAUGUCGAGCCAAACAUGAAGUGGAGACGAGCGAUAGCCAAGGAUCACAUGGCCGAGACUGAGUUCCCAAUCACAUUGACAACAUUCCCUCGGCUUGGAUCGACCGAUUGUAUCGUACCAUCGUAUCCUGUUUCAGGCCCAAAGCUGCGAUCUCAGUUUGUCCCUGAUGAGAUUGCCAAUCCUCAUAUCCGAUUCCCAACUUUGGCAGCAAAUAUUCGCUGGCGGAGAGGCAGAAAGGUACAGGUCAACGUGCCCGUAUUUCGAGACGAGAAGACUGCAUGGCCUUGGAAGGAUCCAACCGUCAACUAUGACUUGCACAACUGGCCCGAGGACGAUGAUGUCCGCAAUGGUGCUGCCAAAGACAACUACAUCCACAUGGAUGCAAUGGCCUUUGGUAUGGGAAGUUGCUGCUUGCAAAUCACCUUCCAAGCAAAAAACAUUGAAGAGGGCAGGACUAUGUAUGAUCAGCUCAGCCCGAUAGCUCCGAUCUUGCUGGCACUGACAGCAGCCACUCCAAUCUACAAGGGCUUUCUCGCCGAUACAGAUGUUCGCUGGAAUCAGAUCAGUAGAGCGGUCGACGACCGUACCCCAGAAGAACUGGGAGAAAAACCUCUUAAGAACGAUAGGUGGCGGCUCCCCAAGUCUCGCUAUGCAUCCAACUCAACCUACAUCGCUCAGGACCCCCGCUUACGGCCAGAAUAUCUCGACCCAAAUCUCAUCAUAGACCCCGACCUCAAGAAGCGCCUGGUCGAAGGGGGCAUGGAUGAUUUGCUAGCGACCCACUUUGCUCAUCUCUUCAUCCGUGACCCCAUUGUUGUUUUUGCAGAAGAUCUCGAAGAUCUCGAUCUCACCAAAGCCGACCAUUUUGAGAAUCUGCAAUCAACAAACUGGCAGCACAUGCGCUUCAAGCCUCCGCCAGCUGGCUCAGACAUGGGGUGGCGUGUCGAGUUCCGGCCUAUGGAGAUCCAGAUUACAGAUUUUGAAAACGCAGCCUUCUCAAUCUUUAUCGUCCUCCUUACCCGUGCAAUACUGUCGUUUAAUCUCAACUUCUACAUUCCCAUUACACUGGUAUCGGAAAAUAUGGAGACAGCACACAUCCGUGACGCCGUGUCAACGCAGAAGUUCUGGUUUCGCAAAGACCCUUUUCCGAUGCACAAAGCCAGUAAUGGCACAGGUACUUCGACGCCUGCCGAGAAUCCAAGUCGGCCAGCAACACCCACUGGGCCAGUUGAAGAUGAGUACGAGAAGAUGACUAUCAACGAAGUUAUCAAUGGGCAGCAAACCUCGUCUGGCGAAGCUGGCUUCCCUGGUCUCAUUCCUCUCGUGGAAUCGUACCUCAACAGUAUGAACGUCGACGUAGAGACUCGCUGUGAUCUUGCCACAUAUCUCGACUUGAUCCGCAAACGCGCCAACGGAACGUACUGGACAGCGGCUAAGUGGAUCAGACAUUUUGUCCAGUCGCACCCAUCGUAUAACAAGGACAGUGUGGUGAAUGACGAAAUCACAUAUGAUCUUGUCAAAGCUGCUGAGCAGAUCACAAAGGAAGAAGGUAGGGACGGACUGGGAAAGGAGAUGUUGGGCAAAAGGCGUUGAUCAUGGUGAGACAAAUAAACACAUGAACUUGUAGUCAUGAAUGUUAAAAGUUAGCGCAGCAAAUCCAUCGUGUACAUGGGUUUGUGUGCUUCUAGAAAGCGCAUAGAUACAUAGAAGUUUUGGUUGCUCUCAAGAGCACUUUUGUGUCUUAGUUUUGUUCAACAAGAAGCUUCGAAUGUUCGAAAAAUACACCCGUUGAUUAGACAUUUAGAGGUAGACUAUUGUUGGAGCGGUGCAGCAGCGAGUGGGUAGAGAAGUGGGGC